AGUUAACUCAGUUUUUAGGCAAUUCUUCUUCGUCGAUAAAUAACUGAAACACUCACAGCCCUCAGCAUCACUACAAAUUCACUUGCCUAAGAAAACGAAAACCAUGGUAACGCCCACUAGUGUUCUUGUGUUAUUAUUUGCUGUUCUUUCCAUGCAAGGACUUGGGUUUAGUAGUUGCAGUACAAGUUACUCUAAUGGAAGCUGCAUCGAGAGUGAGCGAAAAGCUCUUGUUAAGUUCAGAGAAAGCCUUGCAGAUCAAUCAAAUCGGUUGUUGUCAUGGAUCGGGGAAGACUGCUGUAAAUGGAAUGGAGUUGUCUGCAGUGAAAAAACAGGCCAUGUCAUAAGGCUUAAUCUUCGUAAUCCAACACCUUUGGUAAUGGGUGGUUAUGAAAAUUACAGAAGAAGCUGCUUGGGAGGUGAGUUGAGCCCGUCUUUACUUGAUUUAAAGCAUUUACGUUACUUGGACUUGAGCAGGAACUAUUUUUCGGGAACCCCAAUUCCUGAAUUCUUAGGCUCCCUUGAAAAUUUGAGGUAUCUUAACCUCUCUAAUUCCGAAUUCGGAGGAAAGAUUCCACAUCGUCUAGGAAACCUCUCGAGCUUGAAUUCCCUCGACUUUAGAGGGAGCUUUGGAUUGAUGGCUGAUAGUCUAUGGUGGGUGUCUAAACUUUCCUCUUUGAAACAAUUAGACAUGACUGGGGUCAACCUAGGGAAUGCUACAGAUUGGUUACAAGCAAUAAAUAAGCUAUCUUCUCUGGUGGUAUUGAACUUAGCCUUUUGUUAUGUUCUCACCAUCCCUCCUCUUUCACAUGUUAAUUUCACCACUCUUGCUUCACUUGACCUCAGCUGGAAUCAAAUUCACUCCACCAUGCCUCUCUUUUUGAAUAACAUUAGUGGCCCUGUUCAUCUCGACCUACAAGGUAAUCAUUUUUACGGGCCAGUUCCUGAUACUCUUGGAAGAUUGACCUCUCUCACUUACAUUGAUCUUUCUAUUAACUCCUUCAAUGCUUCAAUACCUGAUUCACUAGGUAACUUGAGGAGUCUCGUUCAUUUGGAUCUCUCUCUGAAUGAAUUUCAAGGCAAUAUACCAAUCACCCUGAACAAUCUAUGCAGCUUACACGUACUAGAUUUGUCGUUUAAUAGGUUUAGUGGAGAGAUUCCGAGUUUUGCUGGAACACCGAUUGGUUGUCUCAAGAAUUUAGAGCUCCUUCUCCUUACUUGGAACUCAUUCCAUGGUUCAAUCCCAGAGUCAUUUGGAACACUAUCACAUUUGAGAGAGUUGGAUGUUGGUGGUUCUCACUUAAAUGAAACUGUUCCCUUGAGUAUUGGACAACUUUCAAAGCUAGAAAGGUUGGAUAUUUCUAACAAUUCUUUUGUUGGAAUCGUAUCUGAAUUUCACUUUUCUAAGCUGAUCAAUUUGAAAGAAUUGUGCAUAUCCUCAAACUCGUUCAUUUUAAAUGUGAGCUCUGAAUGGAUUCCUCCAUUCCAACUCCGAAUCAUUAAAGCAAUGUCCUUUAAUUUGGGACCUCAAUUUCCUCAAUGGCUUCAAACACAAGCACAUGUUGAGCGGAUGAUCAUUUCAAAUGCAAGCAUCUCGGGUACCAUACCUGAUUGGUUUGAGAAAGUGUAUUCUCGUAUAUUCGUCUUAGAUCUAUCCCACAACAACUUAAGUGGAAAACUGCCAAAAUUUGUGGAAUACAAUCCUUCUGAUGGUGAUGGUAUAUCAAGGAGGGGUAUAAUAUUGAAAUCCAACAGAUUUGACGGACAGUUGACACCGAUCCCUUCAGAUGUUUAUUUUAUAGAUAUCUCUAAUAACUUGCUUUCUGGACAUAUUCCUCCAAUUCAAGAUGCUGGGAGUUUGACAUUGGAGUAUCUGGUUCUAUCCAAUAACUAUUUGUCCGGUGAAAUCCCAACCUUUUUAUGUCAGGUAAAGUCGCUGCAAGCUAUUGAUCUCUCAAAAAACCAAUUCUCAGGAAGACUCCCUUGGUGCUUGGGGGAUUUGCAACAAUUGAAGAUUCUAGAUCUGACUGAUAACAACUUAGAAGGUGAAAUUCCAAGUUCUUUAGGUUCUCUAAGGUGGCUUACUUCCUUACACUUGCACAACAAUAAGUUUUGUGGGAGGCUUCCAUUGUCUUUACAUAAUUUAACUAGGCUGAGAAUCUUUGAUCUAAGUGGAAAUGCAUUCAAUGAUAUUAUCCCUCCAUGGAUAGGAGAAAAUCUAAAUAAUUUGAAAUUUCUUAGUCUUCAGUCAAAUAAGUUCCAUGGCGAUAUUCCUCUCCAGCUCUGUUGGCUCUCUGCGCUUCAACUGUUAAAUGUGGCACAUAAUAGUAUUACUGGUAAUAUUCCUCUCUGCUUUGGAAAUUUUACCGCCAUGGUUGUGGACCACAUUGCAGAUGCAAAUGGUGUCAGCUUGGAUUUUAGUAGCGGAAAUUAUACGGGAGGAUAUUACCAGUACAAUGUUAUAGAUUCUAUGAAAGGAACAGAACUUCAAUUUACCACAACAGUGCCACUUAUUGCUUCCAUAGACCUUUCAAACAAUGACAUAGAUGGAGAGAUUCCGGAAGAGUUAAUGGAUCUCUUUGGGUUACAAUCUUUGAAUUUGGCUGGAAAUCAUCUAAAAGGAAGGAUUCCUGAGAAAAUUGGCAACUUGAAGCAAUUGGAAUCUCUUGAUUUAUCUAGAAACGAGUUUUCUGGUUCAAUUCCCCCAAGCUUGUCAGAUUUAAACUUUCUAAGCCGUUUAAAUCUGUCAUUCAACAACUUAUCAGGUCGAAUACCUGCGGGACAUCAACUACAGACCCUGGAUGAUCAAUCCAUUUAUACAGGCAACAGUAAUCUUUGUGGAGCACCACUCUCAAAGGGUUGUCUAAAUGGAAACCCAGUCGACAUUCAUAAACCUGUUGACACUGAAGGUGGAGAGGGGUCUGUUAUUUUGUGGUUCUAUGCUGGCAUUGGACCUGGUUUCUUGGUUGGUUUCUUGGUCGUUUGUGGUGCCUUGUAUUUCAAAAAGUCUUGGAGAUAUGCAUACUUGAGGCUCAUCGAAAACGUUUGCAACAGACUACUUUUAGCAAGUGCAUUGACUGCUGCCCGGCUGCGGAGGAAGUUCCACAACGUUGAACUACGAGGAUGAAUGUCAUAUUUUUCUAAACGGUUUCUCUCUCUCUCCCCCUCUCUCUCUCCAUAUAUAUGUAUAUAUAUUUACACACAGCCUUAUUAGUAAAUUAGGUCCAAGUUGUAUUACGCUUUUUCCUUUGUUUCUAUCUGUUUAAAUAAAUGAA